GAGUGAACAUCCCACAAGCCGUAGCAGCUAUGAUGAAAAGCGUGUUUGUGAGCAGACUCUGUUUGUGGCUGACAGCACGUCCACUGGAGGCGCGUUCCGAUUGGCUGAUGCUGCUGCUCUUGAUCCGAUUUGAUUGGUCUCGGUGAUGGUUAGUGAUGGUGACAGCUGAGGUUUGGCCGGCCCGCAUGCGGUGCUGGGGAGAAGGAGGGGAGUUUCGUCGAGGACAUAUAUAAGACCCACUAUCGCUUCGCGUGGGGUCUCAGAAUAAUCACGGCGCCACGUGAAGAGGGCACUCCAACCGCACCCUGCCCCUCCUGCAAGGCUCCCGCAGCGUCGAGGAAGAUAAAGGAGUCGGCUGGACUUGGGAGAGCAGGGAGCGUGAGACGAAAUGUCAUCAAGCACCAUGGACGUGCAAGAUACGGUGGUGCCCGUGCUGGUGGUGUCGGAGCCCGGCAUGUCCCGGCACGCGGACGACCCCUCCACGUGGGGUGCCGAGGAGGCCACCGAUUGGACGCCGAGCUCCCUGGUCGACUGGGACGCCGUCCUGUCGGAGGAACCGCCGCCGGACCCGGACGACGACGCCGGUGCCGCCGGUGCCAUCUCCGCCGCCGCGGGGUUGAUCGGCGCGCUGCCCUGGGACCCCACCGAGCUGAAGCGGCUGGCCCGGCGCGGCGCGUGGGCCGGCCGGCACGGGGCGCGGGCGCGUGUCUACGCGGCCGUGCUGGACAGGCUGCCGUGCCGGCCAGGGCUCCCGGACGAGGACUCGUACCGCGGGACGCUGGACGAGGCGGGCGGCGGUCUGGACGCAGAAAAGCUGCCGCUGUUCGCGCAGGGAAUGCCGUGCCCCGUGUACCACCUCAACGCGAGCGGGCAGGCGGCGCUGUGCCGCGUGCUGGCCGCCACGGGCCGGCUCUUCCCGGCGCUCACGCACUGCCCCGCGCUGCCCGCCGUCACAGCCCUGCUGCUGCACUACGCGCGCGACGAAGCUCGCUGCUUCGCCGGGGUGGCGCGCCUCCUCUCCUGCUGCUCGGGGUCGGCGCGGUGCAACAAGCACUUCCUGGACCAGACGCACGUGGCGAGCACCGCAUCGGCGCUCACGUUCGGCGACCUGGCACGCCGGCACGCCCCCGGCGCGCACGCCCUGCUGUCGGCUCGCGGGAGCCCCUACGCCGAUUGGCUGCACUGGCUGCUGGGCGACCUGCCCUUCCCCUACGCCGUGCGCCUGCUCGACAGCUACCUGCUCGAGGGAGACAAGGUGCUGUAUCGUGCCUCGCUGGGCCUCCUCAAAGAGUACAAGUCGUGGCGAGCGUCCGCCGCGGCCGCAGCCGCGACCGCCGUUUCCGACCUCCCGGCGUGGUACGGAAGCGACGGCGGCGGCGGACCCGGGCCGGAUCCGGACGGCGAGGACGCGACGGAGGCGCGGGCCGAGGUGCACACGUUUGCGCGCGGCCUCGCGGCCCACGGCUGCCCCCCUGAGCGCCUCAUGGAGCGCGCCUUCAACAUCCGCCUCUUCUCGCGCCGCGAGAUGCGGCUCCUGCACGACGCCAACGAGCGGGUGCUGCGCGAGAGAGGAGUGCAGCGCAUCAGCACCGGCCGCGAGGAGCUGCCCGGCACCGUAGACGUGUCGAGCUUCUGCUCGGCAGUGGUGACGGCGGCUGAGAUGCGCUCCGUGUGGUCGUGGAUCCCCGAGCGCCACGCCCUCUACUCCCCGCGCCUCCUCUUCAGCACGCUCGAGCACGGCUGCUCGCUCACGCGGUUUUACGCCAACUGCAAAGAGCACGAGCCGACGAUUAUACUCAUCAAGACGAUGGACAAUGAGGUGCUGGGAGCGUUUUUGAGCUCCGCCUGGUCGGAGCGUAACCGCGCGACAAUGAAGGCCGGCUCGUUCUUUGGAACUGGGGAGUGCUUCGUCUUCACCGUCCGCCCGGAGAUACGGCGUCACCAGUGGGUCGUCAUCCGCUCUCCGCAGGGCGGACUCGACUCUCCGCUCGCCUCUCCGAUGCCGUCCCCUUACCCGUCCCCCCAGCCCUCUCCCUACCCGACGCCCCCCUCCACCCCUCCCUCCUCGCCCGUUCCUCCGCGCCGGCGCCUCUCCGACAUGAUGGAGGGCAAUGCGUGCAGCGGCACCGGCGGCGCCGUCGUCGCUUCCUCCUCCUCCUCCCACGAGCGCUCGCUGCACCAGCGCGUCUCGCAGGCCUUCGCCAACUGCAGGCCGCGCUCCGGCUCCACCCGGGAGGUGGCGUCCCAGCCGGGAGACGGCUCCCCUAAGUCGUCCCGCCGCUCCAUUGGCGACGCCCUGCGCCUCUCGCUGUCCGCGCUCGUCGGCUCGCCCGGCCGCUCGCCCGCCGCUUCACCCAACUUGCCCCGGCGCGGCCUCGGCGGCAACGGCGGCGGCAACGGCGGCGGCAACGGCGGCGUUGGUGACACCGCCGGCGCCUUGGCCUCUCAAGUCGCGUUCGCCAGCGCAGUCUCCUCCUCGCUGCUCUUCCCUCCAGCCGCCACCUCGAGGCCACGGUCGUUGUCCACCCCGACUCCGCUGUGCGCCCACGUCCCUUCUCGUCACCACCACCACCAUCACGGCGGGAAGAUCCGAUUCAACCCGACGCCGUCGCCGCCCGCUCUGCUCUGCGUGCCGUCGCACUCCUCCUUCGCCCAGGAGAUGCAAGCACGCGGCCUGGGCCCCAGCGCCGCGCCGCUGCAGGCCUCGCAGUCCUUCCAGAUGCCGGCCAAGGCGGCCUCCAUGUUCAUGGCCGGCACGCCGGACUCCAUCGUGAUUGGCGGGGGAGGGGGGUUCGCCCUGUGCCUGGACGCGGAGCUGCUGCACGGGCGCAGCGAGGCGUGCGACACGUUCGCCAACCCGCCGCUCAGCUCCACGCAGGACUUCAUCGUGCAGGUGCUCGAGGUGUGGGCGCUGCAGCAGGAGGACGACCAACCCUGAGCGUACCGCCGCCGCCGCCGCCACCGCCACCGGAGAUGGACAGACGGAA